AUGGGCUCCAUCGAAACAUCCACAUCACCAGGCGGAAGGUCAUUCCCUCCAGGUGUUCACGUUCCUUGUCUGACUUGGUUCAAGAAUGAUCCAAAUCAAGAGAUAGACUGGGAUCUUCAAAAGAAGCAUUUGGAGUUUUUAGUCGCUUCAGGACUUCACGGUAUCGUAAUUGCCGGAACAAAUGGCGAAGCCAUCACCCUCACGACAUACGAAAAGACAAGACUAGUCAAGCUAGCACGAUCCGUUGCGACCGAACUCGGACGACCCGACCUUCCCAUCACAAUCGGCUGCGGCGGUGGAUGUACACGAGAUGUAGUCGCAGAAGCAAGACUUGCCGCCGAAGCAGACGCCGAUUUCGCCCUGGUUCUGGUGCCAAGCUACUUCCAUCUUGCCAUGAACGAAGACGCGAUUGUCAGCUUCUUCCAAGAGCUUGCGGACGCUUCGCCUAUUCCCGUGCUCAUCUACAACUUCCCGGGUGUCGUCGCCGGCCUUGAUGUCAAUUCGGAGAUGCUGGCUACACUAGGCCAACAUCCCAACAUCGUGGGAGUCAAGCUCACCUGUGGUGGUAUCGCGAAAGUUGCUCGGGUACGAGCGCAGUUUGAGCCCGAGGAAUUUUGCGCGCUGGCUGGGCAGAGUGAUUGGCUGGUGCCGGCCAUGGCGGUUGGAAGCACUGGCACGAUCACAGGCGUCGGAAACCUCUAUCCAAAGGUGUGUAUCAACAUUUACAACUUAUACAAAUCGGACAAAAUCCGAGAAGCCGAGGCUGCUCAACUCAAGUUGGCACAGAUGGAAUGGGGUUUUGGCAAGGGAGGAAUCAACGGGACAAAGUGGGUUGUAGCAAAGAUCAGAGGGUAUCCGUUGGAGUCGUGCCACUGCAGGCGGCCCUAUCCACAAUUCACGGAUGCGAAGAAGCAGGCGUGGAUUACUGGAGUGGUGGAACCUUUGAAUAAGGUUGAGACGGCACUGACGAAGUCAUAG